GCUGUCUCCAUGGUGUUUUGCAAAGCAGCGUGGGACGAAGGUUUAGGCGUCGUGAAAUGAACAACAAACAGAAAGUCAAUUACUGAUGUGUACGAAAAUUAAUCAUCUUAACUGCUUUUAUUUUACAACAGAAAUAACGUCUGAAAUUCACAGCUUUUUACGCGGAUUGUUUGGAUAAUUAUCAACCAUUAUCGACAGGCCAGCUUGCGAACGCCUUUUUUACGUGCAGAGAACCACGAAUCAUAUCAAAAUAUUUUGAAAUUUGAAGAGUUGACUUUAGCAAGUCGUUAAUAUUCGAGGCCAGAUUUACUUUGUAUCAAGGAUAGUUCUGUCAUCGAGAAUUUGGAUAAAGUACUUCAGGAAUUAAAAUAUCAAGUGAUAUUCUCAAAGAAUGGAUGUUUAAUGUUUAUGAAAAUCAAACUCUUCACAUCCGGCCGCUUAUCGCUUUAAUAAUUUCGGGAUAUUUUGAGUGUCUGAAAUAUUUGAUCUUGUUCGCUGCCAAGGAAAGAUAUAAUUUCGUGUAGCGAUUAUUAAAUUCUAUAUCGAACUAGAUAGAAAUUGUAUUAAAAUGCGAGAAGAAGACGUAGAGACCGCAAUUAAAGUUGUAGUUGUUGGCAAUGGGGCCGUCGGCAAAAGCAGUAUGAUCCAGAGGUUCUGUAAAGGAAUUUUCACAAAGGACUACAAAAAGACAAUUGGAGUGGACUUUUUGGAAAGACAAGUAAGUAUUGAUUCAGAGGAUGUUAGGUUGAUGUUGUGGGAUACAGCUGGACAAGAAGAGUUUGAUGCUAUAACUAAAGCUUAUUAUAGAGGUGCCCAGGCCUGCGUGAUGUGUUUCUCCACCAUUGACAGGGACUCGUAUGAGGCAAUAGAACAAUGGAUGGCUAAGGUAUCUGAGGAAUGUGGCUCAAUACCAUGUGUUCUUGUACAAAAUAAGAUUGAUCUCAUUGAUGAAGCUGUGAUUCGACCAGAUGAGGCAGAAACAUUAGCUAAGAAACUAAAAGUAAAGUUUUACAGGACAUCUGUGAAAGAAGAUUUAAAUGUCACUGAAGUUUUCCAGUAUCUUGCACGGAGAUAUUUGGAGAAUUUACAAAAUGCUAAUGUCAAUGAUGAACAGAAUACAAAGAAAAAUCUAGAUAUGUUUCAAGGCCAAUCUGCCCAAAGCAAAUCAAGCAAUGGCAAAAGUAAAAAAGAUCAACAAGACACAAGUGCCAUCAUAACUUUACGACCAAACAAACAGCGAACACAAGGAAAGAAAAAUAAAUUUUGUCUUCUGGUGUGAAGAAUAUUCAUAAUUGGGAAGAAUAACUAAAUUCUGGAACAGGUAUAAUUUAAAUAAUUUAGUAA